CAUGAUGGACGGUGAGAAAUGUUCUAACAUCUCGAAGUUAAAAGUGGAUUUACACGUUCUUCCUGUGCAUGAAAUUCACCAAAAUGACAUGGAUUAACGUCGAAGGAUUCUCAAUUUUAUCGAGGAGCAAAAGUUCCCGUGUAAACGGGCCUUUAAACUCUCAUCCAGCCGAUUUUUCGGCGCGCCUCGUGUUCAUAGGGACUUGUGACGGUUGGGGCAAUGAGUAAGUUGUCGUUUAGGGCUAGGGCGCUGGACGCCUCAAAGCCCAUGCCCAUAUAUUAUAUGGACGAUGUUCCUGAAUUUCAGGAUUUUGCAACUAUUAAUCGGGCUGUACCUCAAAUGCCCACUGGAAUGGAAAAAGAAGAAGAAUGUGAACAUCAUUUACAAAGAGCGAUUUCUGCCCAACAGGCAUACGGCCAUACUGGUGAACUUGUUAUACCUACUCCCGAAGUUUAUAAUGUUCCAAAACAUAUUAAAGAUGAAUUAUAUCCAGCAACCUAUAAAAGUUCACGACAUCUUAUUCAUGUGCAGCCCUUCUCUAUGGACCAAGAUAUACCGGAUUAUGAUAUUGACUCGGAAGAUGAAAUAUGGUUAUCAGAGCAAGCAGGCAGGCUAGACAUCAGGCCUUUACAAUUUGAAGAGAUGAUGGACAGGUUAGAAAAAAGUAGUGGCCAACAGGUUAUUACUUUGAAAGAAGCUAAAUUACUGUUAAGAGAUGAUGAUGAUAUCAUCAUUGCUGUAUAUGACUAUUGGCUGAACAAGAGGCUAAAAACACAACAUCCACUGAUACCUCAAGUCAAAACAGAGAAAAGGGAUGGCUCAACGAAUAAUAAUCCAUAUGUUGCCUUCAGGCGGCGGACAGAGAAAAUGCAAACGAGAAAGAACAGAAAAAAUGAUGAAGCCUCUUAUGAAAAGAUGUUAAAGCUACGUCGAGACCUGAGCAGAGCUGUCACAUUAUUAGAGUUUGUGAAACGUAGAGAAAAGUCUAAAAGGGAGCAUCUUCAUUUAACAGUAGAAAUUGUUGAGAAAAGGUAUCAAGCUGGUGAUUUCAGUGGCCAGUUAUUAGCUGAAGUUUCUGCUAUAAAGCAUUCACGUCCUAACUUCAUUCCUGUAAAUAGUAGUCAAAUUGUAAUUAAACCAGAUACACGGGUAACAAAAACUAAGCCAAUAAAAGGUGCACCUGCAAAGAAAAGGCAGUACAAAAGAAAAAAACCUGAAGCUAAUACAUCCAAGUCUAUUAUACCUAAUAAUCAUGGUCUGGAACUUGGAUUGGGUGACUUAGCAAGCUCUGAAGAAGAUGGUCUUUCACCGGUCCAUUCAGAUCAGGAUGAUGAUAAUAAUGAUCCUGAUGGACCCUAUGCUUUCAAGCGAAAGAAGAAUUGCAAUUAUCAUGAACCUCGUCUAGAUGGUUUGGGUAAUUGGCCAUGGUGCAGUGCAGAAGAGGGUGGCUCAGAAGACAAAAGGUACAGGUUUUGCCUGACGUCCAUACCUGACCUUGAAAAUAGGCCUAGGUGUAUAGGAUUUGCUAGACGGCGCAUUGGGAGAGGUGGAAGGAUUGUGGUGGAUAGGGCGUGGACACCUCUUGAUGAACAUCUUUCUGAGUUGGAUGGUAUUGCUGAACCAAUACCGAAUGGUUUACCUUCUAGUGAUCUAUUAACAGAAAUAAGAAAUGAAUGGAAAUUCUUCCGGCCAAGGACAAUUACAUCAAAUAAUGAUGAACUAAAUGACAGGCUAAGUGAAAAUUCUGAUGACUACAGCAGAUGUAAAACAGAGAGUUCAACGAGCAGGCCUCAUAUUAACGAAACCUCCGCAUUAGACUUUGUAAAAAAUUAUUUAAGCCAAGAUGAUGAACUAUUUGAAAUGCAAAGAAAGCAAUUAGAAAGGUUAAAACCUGAUGAUUCACAGUCAGUUAUUGUAUUUAUGACAGAUCAUUCCUAUUCUUCACUUCCCACAUCAUGCUUCAAUAUUGCACCAGCUCCUUGUAAAACUCCUGCUCAGUAUCAUCUUGUGUCUGCUGAACUGUCUGAUGAUAACUGCUCACAAAAUGCCGUGGUUCCAAGUACUACUGCCGCAUCAUUACAACUUCUCGAUACUUCCAGUAUUACACCUAGUGUAGAAAGGGUAGCACUAACAAAUGGGCCAGUUGCUGACAAAGCAGAAAUGUUUGCUAAUGACAGCAGUGCUUUGGAAAGGCAUAAAGACUUUUUAAGCACUAGUUUAGAGUCUCUUGUGAAUUUUCCUCAAAACUCUGUAAUCCAAAGUGUGAACUCCUGUUUACCAGCAGUGCCGUCCAUAGAUAUUGGAAGUGGAGCUGCUAGCCAUUCUAGUGACAGUGUCCGUGUGAUAAAUUCAAAAACUUUUAGUACGCCCGCUCCACAAACUACAAUGAGGUUCACAAGUUUAGAACAAAAUGGAAAUGAAACAACUAGGUUAAAACAAGAAUUAUUCCUAAAUAAGGUUAAAGUUGUGGAAAAAGUUACAAGUGAAAGUAGUGUGUCAAUGGAUGUAACGUGACACUUCAUUUAAGUUUAAAGUGAGAAUAAUUAAUUACUCUUGUGAGGUGAGACUUUCUAUGUACAUUUUUUUUUUUUUUUUUUUCCAAGCAUCCAAGCAGCUGCUUGCAGUUCUGCAUCAUUGGUCACCUCCCUUCACAUAUGAUGCUUCACAAUGUUUUCAGGAUAUGUUUAGCAUGUGGCUCAGGAUCAAUAUAAAUCUUACAUUUUCCCACAUAAGGCUGAUGUAAAAUUUCUUGUCCAUCAUAUGUACUUCUAGGAACAUGUUUGUUUAGCUAUACAGAUCUGUGGAAUGUUUAUAUGUAAAUAUAGAUGAAAAUGUUUGCUAUCUUAUUUUAAAUUCACAUCAUCUCUUGAUGAGUGAUGUUUUUGUGAUACUUGUCAGACUAUGAAGGAAGUUUAUGUUUUUUCAAUUAAAUUAAUAAAUGUACAGUGUGAAAUAAUGUGCUUACUGCUCAUGUGGCAGCAUGUUGUCCUCCUUGUUGUAUUAAAACCCAAAAUUUUCUUAAUAUACAGAAUUUUCUUUCUCUUUAAUUUACAGUUUUGAAAGGAUGACUGUUUAGCAACUUAACAUGUCAGUAUUUAUUUUUUUCAUGGUUUGAUGUUUGGAUGUAUCACGUGCAAGUACUGAAAUAACGGGUUUUGUGCCGGUGUUCAUUUUCCUUCCAUUCACUCAUUAGAUAUUCAUCUCUCAUAUCAGCUAAAUUACCAAAGUUGCUUUCAUAAUGCCACUAAGUUGUUAGUUUUUUAUUGUGCAUUAACUAAACACUGUAGAAAAUAAUUCUCGUUUUAUUAUAUUAAUUAUAUCUGUUUUUAUAUGAACUUCAUAAUGUUUAAAAUAUAAGUUGCAUUUUGUUGCGGAGAUUAAUUAGAAUGACAAUCAAUAGAGUUAAAAUUUAAGGUCAUUGAAUUAAUUAUGUAAAUUUGUCUUUUUAUUUUGACAUCUGUCCAAGUAAAUGUUGUGAUGAGCUCCACUAUUUGUUUAAAAUAAAAACUAUUUAAACAAUAUAUGUUAGAUACAUUGUAUAAAUUCAGCACCCGUGCUUUCUUGUAUUUGAUUUUUGGCUCUUAAAAAUUGAAAUUUCAUUUCUUUUUGUAAUUUUUUAAAUAGCUACAUAAUUUAUAUUCAUCAUAGUUUUUAACUUAUAAUAAUGAACUCCUUUUUUAUAUAUAUAUUUCUUUACUAGCUAAAAAUUAUUUUACAAGAAAUUACAACUAUCCUGUUUUUUCAUCGCAUCUCCCAGUUUUGAAUUUUUAGCCUCAACUAAGGAAAAUGUUUCUCCACAAUAAAUUCCAUUCCAUCCCCCUAGUGAUUUCAGCUUAAUUUUUCUCAUUAAAUGUACUUUUAUCUGAAUGUUUUAUAUCUACUGUAGACAUGCAUAAAACUUAAUAUGGAAUUCAACUGAUGUUUAAUUAAUAUUUAUAUUUAAUUUUUUACUUUGGUACAUUACUAAGCUCAUUUCAUAAGACAGUAUGUACGUUAGUUAUUAACAUUCCUUAAAAGUAUUUUCUGAAAUUGCUACACAGUGCGAAACCUGCCAAAAAUCCUCAGUUGUCAUGCUGGAACCUGAUUAUUUUUCAUGUUUUAAGGUUGGCAGCUAUGUUAUUCUCCUCCGAAAGAAAACUAGCCUUUUAAUGCUUCUUCACCCAUAAGAAAAUAGUAAAGUUUUUUUGCAUGGGUGAUUUUAAAAGUUGCAUUUGAGCAUAAGAAAGUCUGUUUACCACUGUCAGAAUGUCAUUUAUUUUUUAGCACCAAGUGAAUUAAAUUUUUCUCUCAUAACGAGGAAUAAUUUCAAAACUCCUUUAGUAAACUUUUACAGAAUUUUUUUAAAUACUGGUUUGUCAUAUAAUUGUAAAUUUUGCUAGUGUUAUGUUUUUCUCAGUUAAUAUUUCUUUUAUAAAUGCUUUAGUUUUAUUUAUGAAGUUUUUGGUUGGUUCCAAAUGUAAAAGUUAAAAACCUAGCUGCUGCUGUUUUCUGUUUGCAACUUUAUGGUUUUUCUUCAUUUGGAUCAGCUAGAAAAAAAUAAAUAAAAGAAAAUCUUUUGUUUCCCUCUCCAAUGUAUGUGUAGAAUAAUGCAUGAAAAUGGAUAGUAUCAUACCUGCUUUUCCAGCUUCAAAUUUACUUCCAAAUUUUAACUCAAAGAAUAAAUGAAAGUUUGUAUCAUAAUAAACUGUAUAAUCUUGAUCUUUUUCCAUAAAAUUUAAAGCCUAAAAUUUUGCACAUAUUGAUUGUAGUUUUUUUAAUUUCAUGGCUGUUUUUAAUAUGAUAUUAAUAAUAGAAUUAUAUUUUUAAUAUUGCUUUGUUAGUUACAAAUUUAAUAAAUACUGUUUAUUGCCGCUUUGCCUAUUGCAAAUAAUGUAUUUAUAUUUUUUCCCUCUAUGUAUAGAUGUAUGUUUGUUAUGUUGCCCGUCAGUUGUAAAAAAUUAUCCAGUUUUUAAUUUUGUAAAUAUAAUAUAUGCCAUAAUUGAUUUGCAAUCCCUACUGAGCUCAUCACUUUAACUAAAUACCUUUGUUUAUUACUGUAUUUAAAAAACUCUAAAAUAUAAAUUCUGAAACAUUCAUAUAUGGUAUAAGAAGUAGGUAUUUCAUGUAAUAUCCCAUCAGUUUUCAUAUGAUAUCACAUUUUCAAGUCAAGUCAUAAUCAUUUACCUCAUAAGUGAUUUCUGUAUAUCCUCUCACUCAGAUCAAUUUCUCCAUUGACAUUUAGUGAUGUAAUCUUACAUUUAGUAAGUGGUUCUUAAAUUGUGUGCAACAUUCAUUGAGUUGUAGAGUGCAAGGUUUGCUUGCUUGAAAUUAGUGUGUUAUCUUCAACAGUGCAGCUCACAUAUUGUAAAUUUUGUAUUUUUGUAUGUUAUGUAAAUAUUGGAGAGAUGUGUUUUUGAUAUUCAUAGCACUUCUGUAAUUAAAAUCCUUGUUAAUAUCCUGUAAAUACUAGUUAUGCAUUUCUUUUCAUAGUUUUUUUUUUUUUUUUUUUAAAUAAAAAUUAGCGUUGGUGAUAUGUGAUCGUGAAACAGCCCUAAUGUACCAUUUACACAUCUGAUAAAUUUGUGAUACUUAACAUUUUAACAUUUUCCUCAUGGUGUAAAACUUUUUAGACAUUAGGAAGCAUCAACUAAAAGUUGUUACAUCGACAUUUAUCAUAAUCAUCAUCACCAUCAAUUUGUGUUUUGCUAAAUCCAUAAGGUGCUAUAUGUUCCAUUUGACAUACUACAAUGUAGAUGAAACUUCUGCUUAUUCUUCAUAGUGUAUUUUUAGCUUUCUAAAAAUAUUCACAUUGCCUAUAGUGGUCUGUGUUUAUUUAUGAUAUGCAUACCUGUUUUGUUUGUUGUACCAAAAUUUGUGUGUAUGUACUGAUUUUACAGGUUUUCUAAAUUAUAUUUAACUUUUUUAGAUUAGCAGUUAUUUUUGUGACUUAAUUUAAAAACUAAUGUAAAGUUUUAACUUUGUUUUGCCAGUGAUAUAUAGAUAUAUGAAAAUGUUUCCAUUCUAUAACCUAAUAACUUCCAAAUUAAAUCUUAAGCUUUUACUUGAUUGCAGCAUUAAAAAAAAUGUAUGUAAUGCUGAAUGUGUUUAAUUUUGAAAACAUUACAUUAAAAAAAUGCUGUUCAGCUUUUAAAAUAAAAGGGCUGUAAUCUUAAGCACUUACCUUUUCAUUUGCAUGUUCUGAACAUUUUGUUACCUAACUGGGACCAUACAUGAUUCAGAAAAUCCGGAACUUUAUGAGGCAGCCCCAAAAAUUCAUGAUAAAUGUGGAAUUUUUUUCAUUAGGCUGUUGGAAUAAUUUUUGAACAUGUCAGAUUCUAAAGGAGGAAAAUGCUUUAGGUGUAGCUCAUGUAGUUUUUAUUUCAUUUUCUGUUUGUGUAGUUUUUUUUUUUUUUUUUUUUUUUCCUUAUAAAUAAGAUAAGAUAAAUGGUUAGUCAGAAAACUAUACAUUUAAAUGAUGGAGUGAAAUAGAGAGCUUAUAAGUUUUUCAAAUUGUUAGUUGUAAUUUGUGAAUGAUGUGAAAUUCUUCCCAGGCACAACCCUUUGUCAAGAUAAUGUUUCGUCAAGGGGAAAAAAAACUGGGACCAUUUUUCAAAGAAAAUUCUUGUACAACUUGAAUAAAAUUAUGGCAUAAUAUUUCUAAUUUAGUUCACUAAAACGUUUCAUUGUUUUGUAUAGAUUUCAUUUUCUUCAUGUUGUCUUUCUCAUUUCUAUUCUUCCCUUCUGUAUUGCCAAUUUAUGUGAAUUCUAACCAAAAUAGAUAAUGUGUUAGACUUCACCAUAAAUUUGGUGUUUUGUUCGUUCAUGUCUUAAUAUGCAUCAGAUUGAUGUAAUUUAAAAAACAGAAAAGGUGAGCUUAAAAACACAAUUACUUUGUGUGACACAUUAAAAUGCCUAGCUUUUAGCUGUUGUCGUAGUGUGAUCUCAUAAACAUUUGAAGAUAAAGAGUUUAGGGCUAGAUUUCUUGACAUAAUCUAUUUCUUGCUAAUUCAUAUAGUAAUAGGGAGUGCAUUACAAAUUUCAACACGACGUAAAGCAAUCAUCUGACCAAAGCUGUUUCAGGUUGAUUGCUAAAUUUAAUAUUUAAGUGAAUGUGAAAUUUUAUUGAUUUAGCUAAGUGAAUAAGUAUUUUUGCUUUUGAAAUAUAUUUCUAGAAAUACUUAAAACAGUAAUGUAUAAUUUGCAUUAGUAAUGUAGACUGAGUUUGUAAUGAUUUCCAGAAGCUUUUUCAAUAUAUUUAGGUAAUAAAUUCACCUUCUGUAAUAUAAAUAUCUUAAAUGGUCUUAAUUUUUAUUGUUAAAAUAAAUAUUCUAAAUAGACUAUUGAGACCACGAAAGUCCUUUAAAAAAAAUUUUUCAGACUUUCUUAAACUCAAGUACUGAGUUCAGAUAGUUUGUUGUCCUUAAACUCUUCUUCCAGUGUUAUCAGUGUACAAGACUGUAAGAAAACUUGAACUGUAUUGUGUUAUGAAGUCGUAAUUUAAUAUUGAACUUCACUGUGGAGUGAAUUAUGAGAGAAAACAUGGCCAUAAAUUUGCUCAUAAGCUUCUCUCUCAUAUCUACAUGUGCUUGAUAAUGCAUACAGUGUUUAUAUUAGUUAAAAUUUUCCUGCAUUCAGAUUGUACAAAAUCCUUGUGUAUUAUAAUGAUCUGAUAUAACUUUUUUAAAAUGCUUUCCCGAUAGUUUUUAAACUUUUUAUAAAGCUUGUGAGAUUUGUUUAUAUGAUGUACAGAAGAAAAAGUAUAGCUAAAUAACAUUGCUCUGUGUCACUUCAUUGUCGAAUUAUCUUAUUAUCCAAUGUGAAUUAUUCCCAUUCAUAAUGCAUAAGUUACAUUGUGAAGCAUCAGAUUAUUACCGAUUUCGUGAAGGAAUGAAGACUGAAAUCCUGUGUUAACCUCGCUGAAUGAUGUUGUAUGAGCGACUUUGCACUUAGCGAGGUUGUGUAUAAUAUGUUUUGUAUUUACUUCAAAAAAUGCGCUGACUGUAUCAUUGUAAAUAGCACUAUAGUUCGCAUGCAAUUAAAACCAUCAGUUUGAUCGAAAUUAA